AUGGGCGUUGCAACGUACUACACUCUCGGGCUACCCUCAUUUGCUGCUGUUGUAGUCGCAUUAUAUCUGCUAUUCACUGGUUCGGGUGAGGCGUUUAACAUCGGCCGUUUCCUGGAGGAGUCGAGUCCAUACGUCUGGGCGUCUUCGGGGAUUGGACUUUGCAUCGGAUUCAGUGUGCUGGGUGCAGGAUGGGGAAUAUUCAUCACCGGCUCAUCCAUCCUCGGAGGCGGUGUACGGACACCCCGUAUCCGUACUAAGAACCUCAUCAGUAUCAUCUUUUGUGAGGUUGUGGCGAUUUACGGAGUGAUCAUGGGAAUUGUGUACUCCGCAAAACUCGAUUCAAUCCCCGAAACGGCGCUCUAUACGCGGGAGAACUACUUCACCGGAUACGCCAUGUUCUGGGGUGGCCUCACGGUCGGCAUCUGCAACCUGAUGUGCGGUGUCUCCGUCGGCAUUACGGGUUCAACCGCUGCCCUUGGUGAUGCGGCGGACCCCUCCUUGUUCGUCAAGAUCCUCAUUGUCGAGGUCUUCGGCAGUAUCCUGGGCCUUUUCGGCCUCAUCGUUGGCCUCCUCAUGGUCACUCGUGCACCCGAGUUCAAGGCAGCAACGGAUGUCCUGGCUGCGUCAGAUGUUUUGUCUUCUAUUCUGUGA